AUGCUGGCAUUUGCUACAAGCAAUAAAAUGAGUAUUCCGCCAGGUGCCAUUCCCGGACAAGGAUUAGCUUCUGACCUUCUGACCUUCUUGCCUUUGCCUCUUCUUCUUGGUAGAGCUUCUUAUCUUUCUUCUCCAAGCCAGCCAUCUGAUCCGGCCUCAGAAGGUGCUGAUAUUUCUGUAUUGCUCAAGAGGUCUGACAGCAGCAAGGGGCCUGUUGUUCAAGGCAGGACUUUGUCUGCUGGAGCUGAAAUCAAUGGAGGAAGAUGCAGAUGUACUACGAUGCCCAUGGAGAAAUCAUCACAAGUAAUGGUGGAGGUCAAACCUUAA